UGGGAAUUUAACAGAAUAAUAUGAAAGAAAACAAUCAAAAUUCGAUCAAACUCAAAAUAAGAAACUGUCUCCGUCGUCUUCAACUUUAAACGUAAUGGCUUUAAUCUAAGGAAACGUAAAUCCUCCCACCCACAACUCGGUUUCUUCGCAAACAAACAGAAGAUAAGCUGAUUAAUUAGGCUAUUUGCGUAUUGAGAUAUUUGCAUUAAGUGAUAAAGCUUUGUUAUGGGAAAGAAAAUGGCUUGUCAAGCUAUAGAGGCGUGGACGAUUUGUGAACUAGUGGGUGCAUAUCUGGAUCUUUCUAUAGCUUGUUUACUCCUAUUUGGAUCAACAUUUGCUUACGCUACGUCGAGAUUUCUUGGUUUGUUUGGUUUGAGUUUGCCUUGUCCUUGCCAUGGACUUUUUGGUAACCCCAGUAAGAUUAAUUACAACAACUGCUUGCAAAGUCUUUUAGUGGAUUGCCCUCCAGAGAAAAUAUCUAAUGUUCAAUUUUUGAGUAAGACCAAGUUCCCUUUUGAUUCGGUGUUUGCGGAGGGCUUGAAUCCUAAAUUGAGAAUAGCGAGAAACUAUGAGUGUGAAGCAUCAUCUGGCUCAUUAGAUUUACCUGCAGAAGAAGGAAAUUUUGAUGUAAAAGGGAAGACAGUUACUUGUCGGAGUUCAAGUUCUGAUAUCACGUGUCGCCAAAAUGCUUCUGCUGAUAAUGAUAAGUCUUCAUUUGAAAGGGGUGUUCUGGGGUCUCCUGCCAGUGUUAGUAAAAUAGUAGAUGAGAUCACAGAAUGCAGCUCCAUUCCAGCUCAUGUGGGAGGUGUAGGUCUUGAUUAUGGAACGGGAGAUUUCAAGGAGGAAAUUGGUAUGCCUAAUGAAUUGAAUGAACCUCUUGAUGAGAAUAAAGUUACCGAGAAGGAUGUGUUACCUGUUCAAGAUUUCAACUACAAUUUGCAAGGGGACAUAGAAUUUGAUGGCCUUGAUAAAAAUGCUAUUAGAAUUUUGGAACAAGCACUGGAAGAAGAACGUGCUACAUGUUCAGCUUUGUAUCUUGAACUUGAGAUAGAGAGAAGUGCUGCUGCUACUGCAGCAGAUGAAGCCAUGGCUAUGAUACUUCGUCUGCAGGAGGAGAAGGCAUCAAUUGAAAUGGAAGCUAGGCAAUACCAGAGGAUGAUAGAAGAAAAAUCUGCUUAUAUUGCUGAAGAAUCGAAUAUUCUCAAAGAGAUCUUGCUAAGGAGAGAGAGGGAAAAGCAUUUCUUGGAGAAAGAAGUUGAAGCCUUCAGGCAGAUGUUUUUCGCAAAUGAGCAGUUGGGUGCUGAUAUGGAGGAUACAGCAUCCACACUGGAGCACAAGGCUUCUUCUUCAUUAUAUUUUAAUGAGGAUGCAGCAAUGAUGCUGCAGCGAAUUAGUGAAUCCUCUGGAGAGAAGAAAAAGAUUAAAGGUACAAAUGAUGUUCUUGAGAACAAUGUUACAUCUACUGAAUCACAAAAUUAUGCUCUUCCUUUAGGGAAAGAAUUACCAAUUCCAGAAUUGAUUGAAGAUGUUGACUCUUCAAAACUAGGAUACAUCCAUGGACAUGCCAGUUUCAACAAACACCAUCAACAUCCUUCAGGAAAAAAUGAUGAGAUUAUUCAAGAUUUACAGGACAAGAGGAGGAUGUCCUUGGACAAGAAUCCAACUGAUCAACAAAAGGAGGUGCAAGCUGAUGACAACAGUUCAUGCCAAGGUUUGACAUCAAAGACAAUAGAGACUUGCGGUGCAACUAAUAUUGGUGUCAUGGUGGAUAUUCCUGUAUCAUGUGAUACUACAACUAUUAGUAGCUCAGAAGCUGCAGCUGACAUUAAGAGAAGCAAAUCAGACAUAUCUACUAGACUGCCACGUAUGGGUUCCCAGCAGAGCAAAGCUGUGCUUUCCAAUUUGCGGAGAUAUUCUAUGUCGGCUUUAGAUUAUGAAAGGUUCAAAAUUGACAAUGAAGUUGGGUGGCUUACAGAAAGACUAAGGGUUGUGCAAGAGGGAAGAGAGAAGCUCAACUUCUCAAUAGGACAUAGGGACAAGGAAAAAGUUCAGUCCCAGCUUCUGGAGGAUAUAACAACUGAACCUGGAAAGGCAGUACGUGAUGCCUGUUUACCCCCAUUGUCACAUAAGGUUAAUUUAAAGAAAAAAGCCAAAAGACGUGCUCGAAGUGUUUCUUUAGCUGAUCAAAGAAGCAUGUGAACAAAAUACAGAAGGGACUGUAGGUGACAUUUGCUUGGCUGCACUAAUUUCUCUUCAAACAUAUCACGUGACGCCUAAGUUCUGCUUAGAGCUAAACAGUGACUUUUGAAUAUCUUCUUUGGGUAGCCUCAUGAUGAAAGCUUUUGAAAGCACACAAUUUUGUUUUCGCUGUGGGGAUUUUGAAGCAUCCAGCAGCUGGAGUUUGUGCUGGAGGAUGGCAUAUGGAGGUAUAUUGCUUUGCUUAAUAGUGGUGAUGGGAAUUCGACUUCAACGAGCAUUUUAUUUUUACUCAAUCAAGUUUCUGAACUAUGAUUGCAAUAAAGUUAAAUUUGUGAUGAUCACUUGGUUGUACUUAAUAAUUGAAUUAUUGCAAUUAUAUUAUUAGUUCCAGGGUUGAAUCGUUUGUCAAGAAAGGAAAUAAAGUGUUGAAUAAUGGAAGAAGUCUUUAGU